AUGAGACCCGAAGUUGAGCAAGAGCUCGCCCACACGCUCCUCGUUGAGCUCCUUGCAUACCAGUUCGCCUCGCCCGUGAGAUGGAUCGAAACUCAAGAUGUCUUCCUCGCCGAGAAGACUGCCGAGCGGAUCGUCGAGGUCGGUCCUGCUGAUACUCUCGGCGUGAUGGCCAAGAGGACCCUCGCAUCCAAGUACGAAGCCUUUGAUGCUGCAAAAUCAGUACAACGUCAGAUUCUGUGCUACAACAAAGACGCGAAGGAGAUCUACUACGAUGUGGAUCCAAUUGAGGAGGAGCCAGAGCCUACACCAGCAGCCAGUUCAAGCGUCCCAGACGCGCCCGUUGCUGCUAUGGACAUUGUGCGGGCGCUGAUUGCGCAGAAGCUGAAGAAGCCAUUCUCCGAGAUCCCUCUGAGCAAGGCUAUCAAGGAUCUUGUUGGCGGCAAGUCUACCCUACAAAACGAAAUUCUGGGCGAUCUAGGAAAGGAGUUCGGCUCUACACCAGAGAGAAGCCGGAGACACACACCUUUGGACGAGCUUGGUGCAUCCAUGCAGGCCACUUUCGACGGAAACCUGGGCAAGCAGACGCAAGCACUGAUUGCUCGUUUGAUUUCUUCCAAGAUGCCCGGUGGUUUCAACGCCACAUCAGCAAGGAAAUACCUCGAGUCUCGCUGGGGGCUGGCCUCGGGCCGCCAGGAUGGUGUGCUGCUGCUCGCAAUCACCAUGGAGCCACCAUCUCGUCUUGGCUCGGAGUCGGACGCAAAGGCAUUCCUGGACGAUGUUGCACAGAAGUAUGCCUCUAAUGCCGGCAUCAGCCUCACCACUGCUGCGGCUUCCGGGCCCGCCACCGGCGGUGGUGGCAUGAUGAUGGACCCGGCCGCCAUUGACGCCCUCACCAAAGACCAGAGAGCACUCUUCAAGCAGCAGCUUGAGCUGCUCGCGCGGUACCUCAAACUGGACCUGCGGGCUGGAGACAAGGCUUUCAUCAACGAACAGAAAUCGAGCAAGGUUCUGCAAGCCCAGUUAGAUCUGUGGAGUGCGGAGCAUGGUGAUUUCUACGCCGCUGGCAUCGAGCCAUCUUUCAACCCGCUCAAGGCGAGGACAUACGACUCGUCGUGGAACUGGGCUCGGCAAGACGCCUUGACCAUGUACUUCGACAUUAUCUUCGGCCGACUCCAGGUUGUCGACCGUGAGAUUGUGAGCCAGUGUAUUCGUCUGAUGAGCAAAUCGAACCCCACACUCCUCGAAUUCAUGCAAUAUCAUAUCGACAAUUGCCCAACAGAGCGUGGCGAGACGUACAAGCUUGCCAAAGAGCUGGCAACACAGCUUCUCGAGAAUUGCCGGGAGGCCCUGACAGUUGACCCUGCAUACAAGGACGUCAACUUUCCCACCGGUCCUCACACCACUAUCGAUGCUCGGGGUAACCUCAGCUAUGAGGAAGUUCCCCGGCAGAGCUGCCGGAAGCUUGAGCAUUACGUUCAGCAAAUGGCUGAGGGCGGCAAGAUCUCCGAGUAUGGCAACCGGUCCAAGGUUCAAGGCGACCUCGGCCGUCUGUACAAGAUGAUCAAGGCGCAGCACAAGAUGUCCAAGGGCUCCCAACUAGAGAUCAAGACUCUGUACAGCGAUGUAAUCCGAUCACUCAACAUGAACGAGAGCCAGAUCCUCAAGGAUGAUGGCAAGCCAGGCUUGCUCGCCAAGAAGGUGGCUAAGCCAAAGGGCAAGAUGGAGGCCAUCCCCUUCCUGCACUUGAAGCAAAAGUCAAUGCAUGGAUGGGAGUAUAGCAAGAGGCUCAGCAACGUCUACCUCGACUGCAUGGAGCGUGGCGCCAGAGAUGGUAUCAGCUACGCUGGCAAGUACGCACUGAUGACCGGUGCCGGUGCAGGCUCAAUCGGAGCAGAGGUCUUGCAAGGCCUGAUCAGCGGUGGUGCUCACGUCAUCGUCACCACAAGCCGCUUCUCACGGGAGGUGACGGAGUACUACCAGGCCAUGUAUGCUCGCCACGGCGCUCGUGGGUCUCAACUUGUCGUUGUGCCCUUCAACCAAGGCAGCAAGCAAGAUGUUGAGGCUUUGAUCGAGUACAUCUACGACCCAAAGUCUGGUCUCGGCUGGGAUCUCGACUUUGUCAUCCCUUUUGCUGCCAUCCCUGAGAACGGCCGCCAAAUCGACGGCAUUGACUCCAGGUCCGAAUUGGCCCACCGAAUCAUGCUCACCAAUCUCCUGCGUAUGCUCGGCAGCAUCAAGACGCAGAAGGCUACCCGCGGAUUUGAGACUCGACCUGCGCAAGUCAUGCUUCCUCUUUCUCCCAACCACGGCACCUUCGGCAGCGAUGGUCUCUACUCUGAGUCCAAGCUUGCCCUUGAGACACUGUUCAACCGGUGGCAUGCAGAGGACUGGGGCACGUACCUCACCAUCUGUGGCGCCAUUAUCGGCUGGACCCGUGGCACUGGUCUCAUGUCGGCCAACAACGUCGUGGCUGAGGGUGUUGAGAAGCUGGGCGUGCGUACUUUCUCCCAGCAGGAGAUGGCCUUCAACUUGCUUGGCCUGAUGUCGCCUCAAAUCGUCGACUUGUGUCAAAUGGAGCCCGUCAUGGCGGACCUGAACGGUGGCCUCCAGUUCAUUCCCAAUUUGAACAACGUCAUGACCAAGCUUCGCAAGGACAUCAUGGACACUAGUGAGAUCCGAAGGGCUGUCACCAAGGAGACUGCCUUGGAGAACGCCACUGUGAACGGUGCCGACUCUGAGGCGCUCUACAAGAAGAAGGUCAUUGAGCCACGUGCCAACAUCAA